AUGGGGAGAGUCGCCAGUAGUAAGGCUAGAAAACAGAGACAUGAUCCGUUGUUAAAAGAUCUACACUCGGCCGAAGGAAACCUGAGAAAAUCGUCUAAGAAAUACGACGAUGAGGGUGCGGACAAUGGAGACCAGGACGAAGAGUACGUGGAUGCAGCAGCUUCCAGACGCAUUUUGAAGCUAGCCAAAGAACAACAAAAGGAAAUCGAGGAUGAGCGUGACAUUCAAAAGGCUGAGCAAAGCGAUCCCUUUGCCAGAUUUCGCAACAGCAGACCGGACUUUGAGGAUGAGGACGAUGAAGAGGGAUUGGCAGAAAACAUUUCCGACUUUGAGCCAUACGAAGAGGAUAACGAAGAAGAAGAAGAAGAAGAAGAGGUGGUGGAAAUUGACGAGGAGGAUGCUGCUAUGUUCGAGCAAUACUUCAAAAAAUCGAGCGAUUAUAAUGCUGAUUUUCAAAGCUACAACCUUGCGGACAAGAUCAUGGCUUCGAUUCGCGAAAAGGAAAUGGAACUAGACGCCGGGAAAAAUGCAGUCAAUGACACAGGGGCUGGAGCCGCGGAACAAGGAGUAGCCCUCCCUCCAAAAGUUAUCAAGGCCUACACCACUAUCGGAUCCAUCUUGAAAACAUGGACCCAUGGGAAACUUCCUAAGCUUUUCAAGGUUAUCCCAUCUCUUAACAAUUGGGAAGAUGUUCUUUACGUUACCAAUCCUCCAGAAUGGUCCCCACAGUUGGUAUAUGAGGCCACAAAACUAUUCGUCUCUAACUUGACUGCGAAAGAGGCUCAAAAAUUCAUUAACAUUGUGCUUUUAGAACGUUUUCGGGACAACAUCGAAACUAAUGAGGAUCAUACUCUAAACUACCACAUCUACAGGGCUUUGAAGAAGUCUUUGUACAAGCCUAGUGCUUUUUUCAAAGGGUUUCUCUUCCCCUUGGUUGAAACGGGUUGCAAUAUUCGCGAAGCUACCAUCGCGGGGAGUGUCCUCGCUAAAAUCUCCAUUCCGGCUCUGCAUUCCUCCGCUGCACUAAGUUACUUAUUAAGGCUGCCUUUUUCUCCGGCCACCACCGUAUUCAUCAAAAUUCUGUUAGAGAAGAAGUACGCUCUACCAUAUCAAACUGUUGAUGAGAGUGUUUAUUACUUCAUGAGAUUCAGACUUUUGGAGGACAUGAGCAAUGGCGAUGAUGGUGACAGAAUACUACCAGUUGUUUGGCACAAAGCAUUUCUAGCGUUCGCCCAGAGAUACAAGAACGACAUCACUCAAGAUCAAAGAGACUUUUUGCUUGAGACAGUGCGUCAAAGAGGCCACAAAGACAUUGGUCCUGAGAUCAGACGUGAACUUCUUGCCGGUACAAGCAGGGAGUUCGAAAAUAAUCUGGAAAGCAAAGAUGAUCUGAUGCUUGAUGUCCAGUAA